GGGAGAUCUAAGUGCGAGCAGGGGGUCGGCGGCAGAGUGGCGGCUGGAGUGGAGGAGGACGCCGGUCAGCAGGUGACUACAGUCCAAGGGCAUUCAGCCUAAAGUGGCCGCACCAGGAGAGACACUAGUGGAGGGCAAAGUCAGAAUGGAUGAUCUAGGAGAGAAUACCACUGUGUUCUCCACUUUACGUUCCUUCAACAACUUUUUGUCACAAAGUUCGGCAUCUGUACCCAGCACAAGUGAGCCAAGCUCUACUUCACGACUUUUGCAGUUGCAGUACCAGCAGAGACUUGAGGCUGAAGAGCAGGCUGAAUAUAUUCGUUCCCACUCCCGGAUUCUAGAGGUGGAACGGGAAAAGCAGAAGAUGGAAGUUAGUCAUAAACGAGCCAGAAUUGAGCUGGAGAAGGCAGCACAGACCAGCUCCUGGAACUAUGAGCGAGAGGCAGAUCGGAACCAGGAGUUAGUUACCCGAAUGAAACAACUUCAGGAAAAGGAAGCAGAGGCUGAGGCAAAAUUGAAGGAUCAGAUUAAUGUGAAUAAUUCAUUGAAAGAGGAUCUUGUCCUCCAGAAUAAGAAGCUGCAAGAAAGAGAAGAAAAACUUGCUGAAGCCAAUCAGACAAUUGAAAUCUUGAAGGCCAAGAUAUCAGAGCAACAACGGAAACAGAUGACCCAGGAGAUGCAGCUAGCGACAUUGACCACAGAGCGUCAGGAGCUGCUUGAGCAAGUAGAAGUACAGCAUAAGAAGUGGCAAGAGGCUGUACACCAGAUUCAGGCACUGGAGGCAGCUCAAGUGGCCAGUGCUGAGAAUGAACAGAGAUUGAAGGAGUUGGAGAAUAAAAUUAUCCAACAGGAACAGGAUUCUGUAAUAGUGAAGAAUAUGCGGUCAGAUCUGGCUCGUGUUCCUGAGCUAGAGAAAGAACUCCGUCAGCUGAAGGAGAAAAAUGACUACUACAGGGAAAUGGAAGAUAACAAUUCACUUCUUAAGGAAGAAAUGGAAAGUCUUCGCAAAAAACUUGAACGUCUUGAGAAGUUAAAGGAAGAGAAUGUUACUUUGGAGUUGGAGAAAGAGAAGUUAUUGUCAAAAUUGCAAAGUUGGGAAAAUGUUGAACAAACCUCAGGACUAAAUAUCCGGAGUCCCGAAGAUCUGUCACGGGAGAUUAUUCUGUUGCAGCAACGUGAACUUGUACUCAAGCAACAAAAUUCUUCCAUCAGCAGCAGUGCUCGAAUGUUGGAAAAAACUCAACGGCAGCUUCAGGAUGAAGUUUUGAACUUGCGGACCCAGCUUUUGUCUGAACAGAAAAAGCGGGAGCAACAGGAAGCAAAUGCUCGACGCAUGGAGAAACGCAAUAUUCUACUUAUCAAGGCUCGCGAUGGGAUGAAAUGCAUCUUGGAUUCCUAUGACAAUGAGUUGGUUGCCAAUUAUUCACCACAGCUGAACCGGAGGGUUCGUGAAGCGGAGAACGUGACCCAGGGUCUGCAGGCUCAUAUUUCAGAACUGGAGAACCAGCUAUCGCAGGCCCUGGAGGACGUUGGCAAUCACAAGCUAAAAGCACAGACACUUGAAGCAGAAUUGAGUGCUCUUCAGAGCCAGCUUGCUUUAACUGACAAGAGUAUCACCAAUGAUGAGGGGAAUGUGCUGAGGCAGAAGAUUGAAGAGUUGGAGGCUGAGCGAGGGCGUCUUGAUGAAGCAAACAAGAUCUUGGAAAUGAAACUGGAGAGGUGCACUCUUCAGGGUGACUACGAUCCCAGCAAAACAAAGGUGCUUCACCUGAGUAUGAACCCCAUGAGUUUGGCAAAGGAGCAUCGUAUAGCAGAGCUAAAGAGUCUGAAGGAAGAAUGUGAGCAACUCAGAGAAAGAGUGCGGAUCCUGGAGGGAGGCGCAGCCCCUGAACAGAUGGGGUCAGUCAGCAAUCUGCUGCCUUCUCAGGAAAUUGCAGAGAUGCGCAAGCAAGUGAACAGCGCAGAGUUGAAGAACCAACGAUUGAAGGAGGUGUUCCAGAAGAAGAUUCAGGAAUUCCGAGCUGUCUGUUACACCCUGACGGGUUACAAGAUUGAUGUUACUACAGAGAACCAGUACAAGCUGUCGUCGAUGUAUGCAGAACACCAGGAUGACUGUCUGAUGUUCAAGGCCGCCAACAGUCUCGGAGCGAAGAUGCAACUCCUGGAGACGGACUUCUCCAGUUCCCUCACCGAGCUGAUCAACCUUCACCUGCAUCAUCAGAACAGUAUUCCGGCAUUCCUCAGUGCCAUCACCCUCGACCUCUUCAGUCGCCAGACCUGUGCAUAGUAGAGGUGGAAAUCUCUGUCACUGAAGAGACUGUUUAAUAUACUUUGUUACACUGCAAGAAAACUUAAUUUAGCAGUGUUAAUUAGAGACCGAUUCAACAUUCAGUAGAUUUGUGACGGGAUGUUUGCUUAAUAUGUUUUCCAAACAUUUAUUUUUGCUUUAGUUGUGAUUUUAAUUAAUUUCUUCGCCUUCAUUCAUCUCCUGGCAGCUGGAAAGGAGAGUGAGCAGAGCAUGAACUUUGCAGCUGCCAAUAUCAAUGCUGCCUUCAGGGGUCUCCUUCUCAUGCAGGGAGCGAGACAGAUGCUGGCUUUUCAGAUGGAAGGACUUCAGAGUGAAGGACAUGAUUAAGAAAUGAUGAAACUCUUCUCACCAAUUGACAUAAAACACAAGUGCUUAGCUACUGCAGUGCCAGGCUAUCCUGCUGUCCUUGGCAAAACUCCCGGUGCAAAUCAGAGCAUCCUGUUGUUGUUGGUAUAAGUUCUUACCAACAAAACAUCCAUCAGGAUAUACUUGCUGCACUCCCUCUUACUACUCAUUGUUCUGUCUUGUGUGAUGGAACAAAGAUAUCCAAUCACACCAGUUAAUAGCUCAGGAUUAUAUACAGUGCCUGAGUAUAAUGCAGGAAGUGUGUAUGUUUGACAGGUCAGGCCCAUGCAGAGGUAUGCAGGAUACAUUCUCUCGCUCUCUCUCUGACUCGUUUUUGUCUCCAAGUUGGCAGGUGAUCCAUAAUGUGGAACUGCGCCCAGGUUGGUAGCACAGGAGUUAGGGGUUAAAGCACAUUGCAGAGAUGAUUGAAGUCAAAGGUAGAAUUUACUAAAGCUCUGGUACCAGUUGACCAAAAUUAAAAAAAGGUUCUUGCUUCACUGUGCAUAUUUCAGCUAAAGAUAGACUUUGUGCUUGGGCUAGAGGGAGGGGACGGGAAAGGAAAGGAAGGUGGGGGCAGGAGAUAUGAGUGGAGAAGGGAACAGGGGAGGGAGAGUAGUAUCACUGCUUUUUUUCUCUGAACUGUGGUUGAUUUACAAUCCAGAUUAAGUAUCAUGGUGUCAGUAAGUCUUAGUGACUUUAUUAACUUGAAUGUUUAGUUUUAGGCAACAAUGUGUAAAAGGUUUUUUAUUAAAUUUCUGUUUUUUCCUCCAACUGUGUGAAUGUCAGCAACUUAAUUCAACCACAUGGGGAUAAACAAAUCCUCUUGCUGUCCUGAUCUAGCAACCGGAUUCAUGCCAUUUUAUCAUAGGUCACUGAACAGUGAUUGAGUGAAAUCGUUCCCCUCAUCUCUUCCUGACCCAAAGGUUCCUUCUGCCUUGCCUGCAAUAAGUUAACUAACUGACCUGAGGAUUGAUUGAAGGGAGCAAAAUUAUACAUAAGUUUGUAAUUCGUGGUGUGUCUGCUUUAUACAAGGAUUGGAUGAAUCUAUCUGCUCUAUGAGGACAUCACAUUAUACAAUAAAACACUGCUGUCAUUUUUCGGAGGUUUGAUUAGUUGCAAAUAAAGA